AUGGACAAUAAUACCAAGUGUCAUAAGUGCCAUAACGGGUUCAACAAAGAUGAUGAAGCUACAUACAUUGUUUGUAGUAAGUGUGGCCUAUACUGGCAUUUUAUAUGUACCACGUUGCGUGCGAGUCCACGUGACCCAACUAACUGGAAGUGCGAGCUUUGUAAAGUUGACACUAAUAAAAACAAACCUAAGAAGCCUGAAACCUCGCCCAGCCCGCUCAGUGUAGUGGACACCAAUCAAAUAAUAAAUGAUAUUAAGGAUUUACGUAAGGAGAUGUGUAGCAUUAAACAGGAUAUGAGUGACCGAGAACAGAACAAUCCACAAAGCGUUGAAGGUAUUAGUUUGGAACAGCGGAUAUCAAUAGUCGAAGCCAAGAUAUUGGACUUAGAAAACCUAUCAGACAUUAUCAAGGCUGUCCAGAUGAGCGUAUACGCCUUAGAAGAACGCCACCAUAUACUGGAACAAUCUGAAAGAAUUUGUGACCUCGAACUUCACGGUGUUACGGAAUACAACAAUGAAGAGUUGCAUGACAUGGUGGUGAGGCCGCACAGUCAGCAGGCGUGGCAGUGUCUAAAGCAGAUUUAA